UCCAAGCACAUAGAUUCGCGUCACUUGCAUCUGGAAGAAUGGACACAACUGGAGCUCAGAUUCUGGUGUUAUCAACAAUGACAGUACUGGUAACAUGUCAUCAGUUCUGCUUCGUCGGAACGCAAGACAACCCGCAGUCUGGUACCCCGGCCACCUGGUUCCUACCUUACAAACAUCACUGCCAAUGUACCGCUAUAAGUUUCGGCGGGGUAUACAUGUCUGCUUCGUCAUACCGCCAGGUGGCGCCCCACUACAUGGACGAGCCUUUCCUGAGCGAGGACCCGGCUGAGAUUCAAGCUUACUUCAACUGCGGUCGCACAGAGAAAAGACCUGUGGGGCCAGGACCCGAGACAGUUGAGUGUACGACAGUCGUGUGUUCAUCACCAUUAGGGAUGGAGGACGGCACUAUCCCCAAUGCAAGAAUCUCGGCGUCCAGCAGUGCAAGUUGGGCCCCUGCCCAUGGUGCGCGCCUCAAUUGGAAUAGCCGGUGGGCACCCCGAAGAGACGCCGGUUCGUGGAUCGAAGUGAACCUUGGCGAGAGCACAAUGGUGUCUGGCGUCAUCACGCAAGGUAACCCGCCGCGGCGCCAGAAGCCGACUUACGUCACGGGGUACAAGGUGUCUUAUAAGAAUUUGUCUUCAUCUAGCCGUGUAUACGUGACAGGAGGAGACGGCAACAUCACGGUGUUCACCGGUAACAUGGACUCCGACACCCCGGUCUGUAACCUGUUUGAUAAGAGUGUAGAGACCACCAUUGUGCGUAUUGAGCCCAUCGAAUGGUGUCGUGGAGUUCGCCUCCGAUUGGAGUUGCUUGGAUGUCGCUUGGGUGAUUAAUUUGCCUGCUCCAUUUUCAAUGUGUUUAGCUUUUUAUGACCUUUGGUUUUGCUACUGGAAAAUACUCGGCAAAUGAACAGAAGAUGACUCUGGUUGUUUGAAUACUUUCGUUCAACUAUCUGAUGUAGUUGUUCCUAGAGGAAUUGGUAAAGGUCGAGACACCUGACUUUUAAACAUGUGAAUUUAAUGCACAGUUGAAAAGUCAUUACUGUUUUGUGCAAUGUAGCUUGACGAUAACACAAAAUGUCAUUUUAAUUAAUACUGUAGUGAUGUACUUAGGAAGCUUACGUGCACGUAACUCAAAAGGCGCGACACGUUGGCCGCACGGCAGCAAGUUGUACAGUUACCGCCAAAAGAAAAGACCACGCGUGGGCCAAAGAUUCGACAGAAUGCAACCUCGAGUCAUCGCACCGUGCAACUGCCAUCGCUAGACGAUUCCUGAGAAACAUGCGUGAGCAGGCAUUUCUCUUAUAAGUUAACAUGAUCAAGUACACAGUUCAAUCCAGGAGUAAAGAUUGGCUCAAGAGUGAUAACUCUAGUGCGUGCCGUGCGAACGAAGUUUGAAAUUGCUAAUGAUGACUAUGUUACGGUGCAGUAUGUGCCCCUAACCCCUGGGUUCAUAUUAAACUGCAAUAUUUAAUACGGGUGUUUCACAAUAGCGCACCUCCAAGAGUUUGCAACGUGUUGGCCGCAAAUUGGUCAGUGAUUGGCCUGUGCGUUGAAAACUCUUGGAGGCGCGCUAUUAUGAAACCCUCGUAUUAAACAGAUGUUCAUGCGUUGUACAAUAGAUCGAGGUACCUGCCUAUAUCAAAGUACCUCACAAUAUCAUUUCGUCUCUGAACGCCUUUGUAUUGUACAACAUGGUCAGAAGCGUACUUACUUUGUGUAUUCAUUUGAAACCAAUAAAUUAAAAGAACAAUAAAAUAAAAGAACCAGACUCCAUUCUAUACAAUUAAUUCCAGCCCCUCAAAAUCACCCGGUACCAUCUCAUUAAGGGUUUCAAAUGUAUACAACAGGUGCAGGAAUACGACUGAAAUUGAGUCUCCCGCAAAUACAGUCUAUUACUGACGUGUAUUGGGUGCUAGUUGGGGCAUGGCAUUCAAUAGGAAGUGCUUUUUACAAUUAACACUAAUUGUUGCUUAAAAUGAAAAUUUUCUGUUUGUACUUUUGACAUUUAGUUUCAACUCCUGUUUUGAUUUUCAAAAGAAUAUUUUUGUAAAACAAGAUACAUGGAACUUAUGUAUUUGGUGUUUAUAGCCCACUUAGCCCCCCUCCCCCAAAAUGCAUUAAUACAAUGUCGCUUCACAGGAAAAAAAAUCCGACACAAUGA